UCUCAAUCAAACCACUAACAAUUUCAAACAUAAUUUGUUUCAAACAAUCUCUCAAAUGGCACAAAAUCAAACACUUGUCAUAUUGAAGUCAAUGAUCUUAGCAAUCUCAAUGGUUGUGUUAUGUGGUCGUGGAAUGGCUCAAUCAACUUCAGGGUGCACAAACGUGAUCAUCAGCAUGUCCCCAUGCCUUAACUACAUUACUGGCAACUCAUCAACCCCGUCUUCAGGGUGUUGCACCCAACUGGCUAGUGUGGUCAAGUCGCAGCCACAAUGCUUGUGUGAAGUUCUAAACGGUGGGGGCUCGUCCUUGGGUCUUAACAUUAAUCAAACACAAGCUCUUGAGUUGCCUAAAGCAUGCGAUGUCCAAACACCUCCAACUAGCCAAUGCAAUGCUGCAUCGCCAGGAAGCUCUCCAUCAACACCUAACAACCCUUCGGGUUCAGGUCGUGGAUCGAAUACCGUCCCAUCAACGGAUAACGGUUCAUCAGAUGCAACUGUUAUGCAAUUGACAUUAAUUCCAAUUUUAUUUUCGUUACUUGUUGCAACAUACACUAUCGUGCUCUGAAGUGUGCGAGACGGCAGCUUGCUCUUAGCUUUGAUUUUUGCUUUUUCAUCAUCCUAUUUUGCAUAAUCUUGAGUUGAACCAUAUGGUAUGUUGUAUUCUUUGAGUUGGAGAUUUUAUAUGUUUUGUGAUGUAAUGUACUCAUUCUUUUCAUGAUUGGAAUUUUGUAUGUUUCUAAUAAAUACAAGAUUAUACUAUA